UCCUAUGCAGACAGACACACAACAUGGCGGACUAGAAUAGUCGGCCGACGCGCCCGGAUACAGCGGAUAAACCCUGGGAUUUAACAUCCAAGAAGGCGAAGAAAAUACCCUCCGAAGAGACGCUACAGAAGGGCGAAAUUCUAAUUUUUUUGGAGGGGGCGCUUUCUUUACCCUGGCUUUAGCGGAUAAACUGACUGUGAAGUGUUGGCAGUGCGUCCCAGAUCGUGCUUCCCUCCUCUGCUAUCACCCUGGUCCCCCCCCACCUCCACCCCACUCACACUCUUGGUUCCUGGGGUGUGGAGAAAGGGGCCGGGGUUGAAAACGUGGAAGACAGGAUAAAUUCCCACUUGGCUUUCAUUUUCCCCCCCCUUCUUCUUCUCUCGCCUCCCCCUCCGGUUUCCUUUGGGCUCUACAGGAGUUGUGACCAGGCUGUGCGGAUGAGUGAUUGAUGCCAACUACGCUUCUUCAGGGCAGAAUGGGUGUGUGCGCCCUGCUCCUGCUACUUGGUGUAGCCCUGGGGGGCUCAGCCGAGGAUCUUGCCCCUGUCACAGGUCCUCCAGAUAUUACUACCAUACCCACAAAGCCAUCUACAGCACCCUCCCUCAAGGAUGGAGUGCCAGUAUCAAACCCUACACACCCACCCACAAAGCUUGCCCAAGCUAUCAUUACAUCAGCAGCAAUCACAACAAAAACCACGACGACAACGACAACAACAAAAGCAGCAGAAGCAGCAGCUACCACAGACACAAGCCUAGAUAGUAAUCAGGACACAGAACUCAAUAGUUCAACACCCACAGUACAGCUAGCUUCACCUCCUACCCCUCAGGCACCACCAAGCAUCAACCCUCCACUUACUCCUAGCAUAUCGGAAGGAGAUGAUGAGACCUCAGCCACAUCUCCAGAGACUGCAACGACUCCGACAACCACAACAACAUCCACCCCUAAUAGUGACGAAGAUGCUGGGGACAUGCCGAUCAUAGCCGUGAUGGUGGCCCUGUCCUCCCUGCUGGUCAUCAUUUUCAUCAUCAUAAUCCUCUACAUGCUCAGGUUUAAGAAGUACAAACAAGCAGGGAGCCAUUCGAACUCCUUCAGACUGACCAAUGGCAGGUCAGACGACACAGAACUCCAGAGUGUGCCGCUAUUGGCCCGCUCACCCAGUACAAACAGGAAGUACCCGCCGCUUCCCGUGGACAAGCUGGAGGAAGAAAUGAACCGUCGCAUGGCUGAUGACAACAAGCUCUUCAGAGAGGAGUUUAAUGCACUGCCAGUUUGCCCCAUCCAGGCAACGUGUGACGCUGCCUCUAAGGAAGAGAAUAAAGAAAAGAACAGAUAUGUGAAUAUCCUGCCAUAUGAUCACUCCAGGGUGCAUCUCUCAUCUCUGGAGGGAGUCCCAGACUCUGACUUUAUUAAUGCCUCAUUUAUAAAUGGUUACCAAGAGAAGAACAAGUUUAUUGCAGCUCAAGGGCCAAAGGAGGAAACUGUAAAUGACUUCUGGCGUAUGAUCUGGGAGCAGAACACAGUCACAAUAGUCAUGGUGACCAAUCUGAAGGAGAGAAAAGAGUGUAAGUGUGCUCAGUACUGGCCGGACCAGGGCUGCUGGACAUAUGGGAACAUUCGGGUGUCUGUAGAAGACACAAUGGUUCUAGUGGAUUACACCAUCCGCAAGUUCUGCAUCCAACAGGUAGGAGAUGUUUCUGGGAAGAAGCCUCAGCGCCUCAUCACCCAGUUCCAUUUCACCAGCUGGCCAGACUUCGGGGUGCCCUUCACCCCUAUUGGAAUGCUCAAGUUCCUAAAGAAGGUCAAGGCCUGCAACCCCCAGUAUGCUGGGCCCAUUGUUGUUCACUGCAGUGCGGGUGUGGGGAGGACUGGUACCUUUAUUGUGAUCGAUGCCAUGUUGGACAUGAUGAUCGCGGAAAAGAAGGUGGACGUGUUUGGCUUUGUCACCAGGAUAAGAGCCCAACGCUGUCAAAUGGUUCAGACAGAUAUGCAGUACGUUUUUAUCUUCCAAGCGCUGUUAGAGCACUAUCUGUACGGAGACACAGAGUUAGAGGUGACCUCACUGGAAUCCCACUUGGCCAAACUCUAUGCGCCCUCACCUGGAGCUGGCUGCAGUGGUCUGGAGGCUGAAUUUAAGAAACUGACAUCCAUCAAGAUUCAAAAUGACAAGAUGAGAACGGGCAACCUUCCUGUCAACAUGAAGAAGAACAGAGUUCUGCAGAUCAUUCCAUACGAGUUCAACAGAGUGAUCAUUCCAGUCAAACGAGGAGAGGAGAACACCGACUAUGUCAAUGCUUCCUUCAUUGAUGGCUAUCGUCAGAAGGAUGCUUAUAUGGCGAGCCAGGGGCCCCUGCAACACACUAUAGAGGACUUCUGGAGGAUGAUCUGGGAGUGGAGAAGCUGCUCCAUAGUCAUGCUCACUGAGCUGGAGGAGAGAGGCCAGGAGAAAUGUGCUCAGUAUUGGCCCAGUGAUUCAGCAGUGACCCAUGGAGACAUCACAAUUGAGCUUAAAAGAGAGGAAGAGAAUGAGAGUUACACAGUGCGUGACCUCUUGGUCACCAACAUCAGGGAGAACAAGACUCGAGUAGUGCGUCAAUUCCAUUUCCAUGGCUGGCCAGAGGUGGGCAUCCCCACUGAUGGUAAAGGCAUGAUCAACUUAAUUGCUGCAGUGCAGAGACAACAGCAGCAAUCUGGCAACCACCCAAUCACUGUGCACUGCAGUGCUGGUGCUGGCCGGACAGGGACUUUCUGUGCAUUGAGUACAGUUCUGGAGCGGGUGAAAGCAGAAGGGAUCCUGGAUGUCUUCCAGACAGUGAAGAGCCUCAGACUGCAGAGACCCCACAUGGUGCAGACACUGGAGCAGUACGAGUUCUGCUACAAAGUGGUUCAAGAAUACAUUGAUGCUUUUUCUGACUAUGCCAACUUCAAGUAGGGACCUGCCAUUGAUGAAUGGAUGAAUAGAUAUCCACAUGCACUUCAUAAAAGCAUAUACACGCUCCAGAGCACACACAUUCAGUAUGUUGCCAUGCAGAGAACUGCGUAUCCCCAUCUGAUGGAUCUUUGAAAAAACAACAACAAAAAACUCAUCACAGCUUGAUCUGUGGAUGGGAUUGAACUGCCCAGAGGAAAAGGGAAAAGAGGUCUCCUCCCAAAGGACAGAACAGGGCAGUGCAGCUGGACAGAGAAAAAAACUGAGAUGCCUUCUUGAAUAUUUUGUAAUGAUGUUAAUACAGCCCUUCACCCCUAUUUUGCUUUCCAUCUUCACCCCCCCUCCCCAAUAUGUAUAUAUAUACCUAACUGUGUUGCAUUUUAUUAUUAUGGUUUUAGACACAGUUUUGAGUUUGGCUGCAUUUUAGGGUGGCACCUGUAAUGUAUUUUAUUGGUAUAAAUAUAUAAAUAUAUAUGACUAUAAAUCUAAUGCUUUGGUGGCUAAUGUACAACAACCAUUUGUUUUUAUUUUUGUAAACACCUUGGGGACAGAGACCUAAAACAUUUUAAACUUUGCCCGAGCCACACUGUAGCAACUUUGUGUGGUAGCAGAAGUUUCUACAUUCACCCACAGACCCUGAACUGUUUUUCACUCCUCAGACAUUCACACAAGCAGUUUUUCUCUACAUUGAGUCGGUUGCCUCAAUUUGGCAAAAAAAAGGAAAAAAAAAA